GCUUGGCUUGCCGCGUACAGAGUACGGUCUCCCUGAAUCGACGAAGUUGACGAAGUCUUCCCUGAGAGCUGCCAUUGCAACGACAUGUCUCAAACUCAACAGCCGACAAUAUGGGGCUUGAGUAUCAGCUUUUCCAUAAUUGCUAUCGCAGCGGUGGCGCUUCGAUUCUAUGCUCGUCGGAUCAAGGGCCAGAAGUUAGGAGCUGAUGACUGGACUGUUCUCGUGGCUCUGAUACUCUCACUUGGCGUUUCUAUAAACCUUCUCAUUAUGACGCAAGUUGGUGGUCUCGGUACUCAUCUAGAGUACAACGAUGACGGGAGCCUCAAGGAUGUGGAAGCUUUCGAUGUUUUCAUGAAAACAAUUUUUGCCUUUGAGGUUCUUACGUGGCCAACAGUCGGAGUCACUAAGAUCAGCGUCGUCCUCCUGUAUCAACGAAUCUUCACAACCCAAAGAUUCAAGAUGCUCUGUUGGAUACUCAUAAUGAUAAAUUGCGCAUGGACCAUAGCAUUCACUCUCGCACUCACAUUCUCUUGUAUACCGGUCGCAUCGAGUUGGGACCUGACCCUUGAUAGCACCUGCGUCGACCUGAAAACCCUCUUCACCACAGCACUGGCCACAGAUGUUGCAACUGACUUUCUGGUACUGAUACUGCCAAUCUAUAAAAUAUGGCAGCUUCAGAUGUCCACGGCACGGAAAAUUAUGGUCAUGUUUAUUUUUCUCCUUGGCGGGCUGGUCAGCAUUGUAGGCAUCAUUCGGAUCCACUAUUUGACAGAAGUUUACGACAUUCUGGAGGUGGAUCUUGAGCUGGCGGACACAACUUGGAUCUACUCACAAGUCUACUAUUGGCAAAUCAUCGAGGUCAACGUUGGUGUGCUCAGCGCAUGCCUUCCCACCCUGCGGCCGGUGCAUGAGCGCCUGACGCGCAACUUGUCCUUCACCCAGCUCAGGGGCUCAUUCGAAAAGCUUCUCAUAUCCUCUAGAGGGACUCGCGAAGUCGAACAAGUCCGCCUCAACUCGAUGGAGCAAGGCGUGUCAGACAACUUCAACAGCAAAUCCUCGAAGGGGUCGUCCGAUCAGAUGCAAACACGACGGCAAGAUCAAAGAGGACAUUGGCCUCCUCAAUCUACUGAGAAUUUUGUUGACGGACGCGGUCCAAACGGUGUGAAUAACCACUGGCGGGCUGAACAUGUGUAAGACAUACAGAUGCGGG